UCUCUCUCUCUCUCUCUCUCUCGCUCUUUUCCAAGCCUGUUUUAAAGUCUCUGCCAGACUUCGGCUCGUGCGCUACUUCCUGGAUGGCGGAAUGGAAAGCUUCCAGAGCCGCUCCAACUCUUCCCUCUGUGUUUUCAGUCUGAUGCAUGGACUACCGCUCGUCUAAGACGUCUCUUCUAUUUCACACAACAACCAUCCAUAGAUCCUCUGACAUGUUUUUCCUCCGGACUGCAAGCUCUGCCAUCUGAGACAGAACUCAGUUUCCUUUUAGCUUGGUCGAACUUCAAAAGAAAAGGAAAAAAUCUCUUCUCCAGGGGGCUCACUAAAGGAGGCGGCAGAUUUUUUUUUUAUUUUUUUUUUAGCUCGCGAUAAGUUUUUUACGCCCUAUAUGCGCUUAUAAACCCAUUUAGUGCAUUUGCAUCGGGUCUUUGUGGAAGUUUUUCGAUCAUCAGGAGGAUACCUCUGUCAACAGUUGCCUUAUUCCCAUCUCUCCAUGUAUACUGUGUGACAUGCGGAGGCUACUGCGACCGCGCUGCUGCUGGUGGAUUCCGACUCUGAUUAUCUCCUCGCUCGUGCUCCGGUGGGCAUACUGUCAUCCCGCAUUGGCUGAGGGGGAGAAGGUGGAGCAUCAUGACCGACCAAUUGGAGACCGGCACCGCAGAGCGGCUGAAGAGUCCUACUGGGCCUACUCAGGGAUGUAUGGACCAGAUACAGGGUGGGUGGCGGCUUUUCCUGAGUGUCAGGAGAGAAACCAAUCGCCGAUCAAUAUUGCCGACCAGGACACUAAGGUCUCGAUGGAGUAUCAGGAACUCACGCUGGAUGGGUUCGACACAGAGUCGUCCAACAAAACGUCAAUGAAGAAUACAGGCAAAACUGUGGCAAUCUUCCUGAAGGACGAUUAUUUUGUGAGAGGAGCCGGGCUGCCGGGCCGCUUCAAAGCAGAGAAGGUGGAGUUCCACUGGGGCCAGAGCAAUGGUUCCGAUGGCUCGGAGCACAGCAUCAAUGGCAGGAGAUUCCCUGUGGAGAUGCAGAUCUUCAUGUAUAACUCAGACGACUUUGACAGUCUUAACACAGCCAUACGGGAGAAGCGAGUAAUUGCGGCCAUGGCUGUCUUCUUUCAGGUGGGCAUGAAGGACAAUCCUGCAGCAGAUCCAAUUAUUCAUGGUCUAAGAGGAGUGGUGCAUCAUGAGAAAGAGACAUUUCUGGAGCCCUUUGUACUGAGAGAUCUAUUGCCAUCCUCCAUCGGGAGUUACUACAGUUACAUCGGCUCUCUGACCACCCCUCCCUGCAGUAAAGUUGUAGAGUGGAUCAUAUUCAGUCGCCCAGUGUUCCUCUCCUACAAACAGCUGGAGGCAUUUUACUCAAUCUUCACCACAGAACAGCAGGAUCAUGUUAAAUCUGUGGAAUACCUGCGUAACAACUUCCGCCCACUCCAGAGUCUGGACAACCGGGAGGUCUUCAAAUCUGCUUUCAAAGACACCUGGCUGCCUGAUUUGACCGACAGCCUAGGGAAUCCAUAUGGUACCGAGGCAUCCAAAGCGUGCAGCAGUGCUCCGUUCAACAUGAACGUCCAGCACAUGAAUAAGACAGCUCUAGUGGUGCGAUGGUCUCGUCCGGAGAUCACCUACGAUCCACCCAUUAUCAGCUACCUCAUUUCUUACAGCUGGACCAGAAACGAUGAGCCAUACGAGGAGACGUACGUCAAAUGGAGCGAUCAGAAACUGGAAGCUGUCAUCACACCGGUGUCACCGGAUAUUUUGUACCUGUUCCGCGUCCAGGCAGUGUGUUUGAAUGACAAACGCAGUGACUUUAGCCAGAGCAUGCUCUUCAGAGCCAACACAACCAGGAUAUUUGAGGGGACAAGAAUAGUGAAAACUGGGAUGCCUACAGUCUCCCCAGCAUCCUCAGCAGACAUGGCCCCGAUCAGCUCAGGCUCAUCCACCUGGACUUCGUCUGGCCUUCCCUUCUCCUUCGUUUCAAUGGCAACUGGUAUUGGCCCCUCUUCCAGCGGCAGCCAAGCAACUGUUGCGUCCGUUGUAACCAGCACCCUCCUGGCGGGGUUGGGCUUUAGUGGAGGGGUCAUCUCCUCUUUCCCCAGCUCCGUCUGGCCCACCAGACCUCCACCCUCUACUCCAACUCCAGCCUCCACCCGCCAGACUGUAGCCAAACCCAUGGUGACCACCACCGAACCGACUUCCUCUCCAGCCUCUGACACGGACACAACCACAGCCUCUGAGAGCGAGGGAUCUGAUGAUGGAGGAGAGAAAGGAGGGAAGGGUGAGGAUGAGGAUGGAGAGAAGAAUGGAGAAGAGGAAGAGGAGGAGGAGAAAGGUGCAGAAAAUAAAGACAGCAGCGUUCCAGACAACAUCGAAAAGCAGGUGAACAACUCUGUGACGAAAGAUCCGCCCACAGCAGUGCCAGAUUCAACAGCGAAACAGAAAGGAGGGAGCAGGAAGGCAGAAAACAGCACUGCACCAUCUAAUGUCUUGGAGGAGAACGUGGAGAAAAACACACAGAUAAUUGGGGAAGAGGGUACAAAGGUGCCACCUACCAGAGAGCCAGAGUAUGAUGACAAUGUGACGGCAGUAAUAGAGCCCCCAGAAAGCACGGCUCAGACCAGCAAACCCAACAGAGAAGACCGCGGCCACUUGCCGCCUUUCUCUAUACACACAGAGCACACUGUAGUCUCCAGCAUGCACCCGGUGCCUGGAUCAAGCAGGAUGGAGUGGAUUAUUCCUCUGGUGGUGGUGUCAGCGCUCACCUUCCUCUGCCUCAUUCUGCUGCUGGCCGUCCUCGUCUACUGGAGGAGGUGCUUCCAGACAGCUCAUUUCUACGUUGAGGACAGUAGCUCUCCCAGAGUCGUGCCCAACGAGAGUAUACCUGUUAUCCCCAUCCCAGAUGAUAUGGAGGCCAUCACUGUCAAGCUGUUUAUCAAACAUGUAUCAGAACUCUACUCUAAUAACCAACACGGCUUUUCAGAAGAGUUUGAGGAAGUGCAGCGCUGCACUGCAGAUAUGAAGAUUACAUCAGAACACUCUAAUCACCCUGACAACAAGCACAAGAACAGAUAUAUCAACAUCAUAGCCUACGAUCACAGUCGAGUCAAACUCAGGCCUUUGGCUGGUAAAGACUCCAAACACAGCGACUACAUCAAUGCCAACUAUGUGGAUGGCUACAAUAAACCCAAGGCCUACAUUGCAGCACAGGGUCCUCUUAAGUCCACAUUCGAGGACUUCUGGAGGAUGGUGUGGGAGCAGAACACUGGCAUUAUAGUUAUGAUCACUAACCUGGUGGAGAAAGGCAGAAGAAAAUGUGAUCAGUACUGGCCAACAGAGAACAGUGAGGAAUACGGUAAUAUCGUGGUAAUCUUGAAGAGAACCAAAGUUCUGGCCUGCUACACACUCCGUAUCUUCACAAUCAGAAACACCAAAGUCAAGAAGGGUCAGAAGGGCAGCACUAAGGGUCGACAGAGCGAGAGAACAGUCCUGCAGUAUCACUACACCCAGUGGCCAGAUAUGGGCGUCCCCGAAUACACACUACCUGUACUCACCUUCGUAAGGAAGUCUUCUGCAGCACAGACUCCAGAGAUGGGCCCUAUGCUUGUGCACUGCAGUGCUGGUGUGGGCAGGACAGGAACUUACAUAGCGAUCGACAGUAUGUUACAGCAGCUGAAGGAUAAAGGCUCAGUGAACGUGCAGGGUUUCCUCAAACAUAUACGCACUCAGAGAAACUACCUGGUCCAAACAGAAGAGCAGUAUAUCUUCAUCCAUGAUGCCUUGAUGGAAGCCAUUCUGGGGAAGGAGACGGAGGUGCCCUUCAGUCAGCUGCACAGUUAUGUUAAUAGCAUCCUGACGCCAGGACCAGGUGGCAAAACACGACUGGAGAAACAAUUCAAGUUGGUGACUCAGUGCAAUGUCAGAUUUGUGGAGUGUUUCAGCGCUCGAAAAGAGUGUAACAAGGAGAAGAACCGUAACUCUUCUGUCGUCCCAUCGGAAAGAGCACGUGUUGGUCUUGCACCGUUGCCUGGCAUGAAAGGCACUGAUUACAUCAAUGCAUCUUACAUAAUGGGUUACUACCGAAGCAAUGAGUUCAUCAUUACACAGCAUCCCUUGCCUCACACCACUAAAGAUUUCUGGAGGAUGAUCUGGGACCACAACGCUCAAAUCAUCGUCAUGCUACCUGACAACCAGGGUCUGGCGGAGGAUGAGUUUGUUUAUUGGCCAAGUCGAGAGGAAGCCAUGAACUGUGAGGCGUUUACAGUCACUCUCAUCAGUAAAGACAGACUCUGUCUCUCCAAUGAGGAGCAGAUCAUCAUUCAUGACUUCAUCCUAGAGGCCACACAGGACGAUUAUGUUUUAGAGGUUCGCCAUUUUCAGUGUCCAAAAUGGCCAAAUCCUGAUGCUCCCAUCAGCAGCACCUUUGAGCUCAUUAACGUCAUCAAAGAAGAGGCUAUGACCAGAGACGGACCCACGAUAGUGCACGAUGAGUUUGGAGCAGUGUCUGCUGGGAUGCUGUGUGCUCUUACCACACUGUCACAGCAGCUGGAGAGUGAAGGAGCCGUGGGCGUCUACCAGGUGGCCAAGAUGAUCAACCUCAUGAGACCUGGAGUCUUUACCGACAUUGAACAGUAUCAGUACCUUUACAAAGCUAUGCUCAGCCUGAUAAGCACUAAAGAGAAUGGAUGCAGUCCCAUGUCCCUGGACAGAAACGGCAGUAUGGCAAUGUCUGAUGAAUCGGAUGCCGCGGAAAGCCUGGAGUCCCUCGUCUGAAGCCCCUGAACAGGCGCGAAGAGGCACUUAAUCUAACUUUGUAAAACGUCAAGGACUAAGACAGACUUUUUCUGAGGCCUUUUUUGUCAGAACUCUUGGUUAAAAGAAUAACCUGAUUACUUUUUUACACUUACAAAAAGUUUUUGAUAUUUAUUUUUUCGCCAUUUUAUGUCUUAAUGUUAUCCUACUGAACAUUUGCACCAACGUUUUUGAGUUCACAACAAGCGAAACAAAACGAAACACAGUUCUGUCUAGUUUGCACUAUGAAAAUAUCAGUGUUACUGCCUAUUCCACCAUCUCAGUCACUAUCAGUCACUCUGUCUCACUGUAAUUCAUUAUAUCUCACUUUCACACCCCUUAUUUUGACAUUCCAUAAUAAAGCUUCUCUCUGAGGCUUUAGAAAUAAUCACUGCAAACAAAAAAUGUCAUCCACACACACCUCAAAAGCUGAAAGAAGAUUAAAUCUGUGUCCAAAGUUCUACUUGCGUUGCUCAGCGAAGACCCACCAUAAAGCUUCGUCAAAUUCGAGCAAUAUGUUCGUUUUGCUUUGUUUGUUUGCUUUGUUAAUUUUCCUCUCCCCACAAAAUAUCUCUUUACUUAUUAUGCUUCUACUCAAAACCUAUUAUCGUUUUGAAAGGUGGUAUUGACACAGCUACUGUGAAAUUUUGUAUGAUUCAUAUUCCGCUUUUAAUAUAUAUGAAUAUAUCGUAUAUCAUGAUAACUUGUGCUUUUGUAAAUGUUAACUGUCUCGAUGAGUAGCCAUCACAGUUUCUGGUAAUGCUUGGUUAAGGGACCUGCCACUUUGUAGGCGGUACAGAGCCUAUGACCUCUCUAGAACCCCCUGCUGGUUUGAUUUCUCCAUUGCUUUAUGCUGCAAGCUGCAACUUUUGUCUCUUGAGCGCAACAAGAGAUUAUUUAGCAGAGAUGGGCCACUUCUAUGAAAAUGAAUGGGAGAAAUUGGAAUAGCCAAUGGAUGUAGAAAGGAAGUCCUGCCUUUCAGUUAAAAGAGCCAAUCACCUUUUAGAUACAGACAUCGCCUGUCAAUCAUCUCGACAACGCGCAUGCGCAUUAGCUAUACAGGCUGAGAAUGUUGCGGUUUUGUAGCGUAAUCUUAGGUAAAGAAGCACAAUUUAUGAUACCAGUGUUGUCAGAAUUUUACAGCUGUUUUGAAAUAUGUCCUGUGAUCGUAAUCUUUACCAACCGUUUAGGAAAUUUCGAUCUUUUCCCAUUCAAGUAGAUAGGAGCUGCACUGGCAUGACUGGAAAUAGCCUCCUGAGAGCGUUCCAAAGAUGGCCGACAGUGGACUUUCUAGAAAGACUUUGGUGCAACUGAAUAGGUAAUGACAUUAUGUGAAUCAUUUCUUAUACUCAUAAUGUAGGAAUGAAUUCUCUGCCCAUGUCAUUUUGUAAUAUUUUACAACUCUGUUUUGUUCUAAUUGUUUUAACUCCUCACUAUCAUAAGCCAUCCCAUAACUUUGAGAAUAAUGUAUACAAGUCUCUCGAUGCCUUCUGUACAGUCUCAUUUCACCUCUGCAGGUAUGUGUGUGUGUGUGUGAGAGAGAGAGAGAGAUAUUGGUAUGUAUUAUGUAGUAUUGACUGGUUUUACUCAAAAAAGUAUCCACAUGAAACUAUAGACUCAAUCCAAACAUUUCUACACUAAACAUAACACAUUAACAUAAUUAAGUCAAGUUUUGUCCCCAAAUUACACAAGGAAAACUUCUCUCAUGCCAUGUAAUACAAUGGCCUUGCUAACAGAAGACAAAUGGGAGACUCGUGAUUCAUGAAUUUUUACCAAAGACUACAACCAUCAUUCACUUUAAUCAUAAAAAUCUGUUGGCAAGUCUUUAUUUUUAAUAUUGGAUAAAGUAGUUUUAAGAAGAAUGUUUUGGUAGUGUCUAGAGAAAAUCAUUACAAACUGUUGAAAACGAUGAGCCUAAUAAUGGGUGAAAUAAUGUUUUGUUUUGUUUCAUUUUGUUUCCUUGCCAAAAUUCUCCACUAAAAUUUUGUUUGGUUGACAGGUCAUUGUUAUUUUGUUUUUGAUAAUGCAAUUACAUUAAAGUUUUUGAGAAUGUAUACUAAUGCUAAUCUUUGGAUGUGGAAAAAAGUAAGCUGUUGAAUUUUUGUUUGUCUUUUUAAAUGUUUUGAUGACAGUGAUGACGUCAUGAUGUUAAGAUGGAGAGGACACACAUAAGUGUUUAUUCAGUUCAUGUCUUGUUUCUCCUAAAAAUGAGGCUAAAAAUUAAGUCACAUCUCUCCAACAUUUGGGGUAAUUUUCUGACUUUGCUUGUAUAUCAUGUAAGGUAAUUGGAGGUGACAUGUUGCAUUUUAAAUUCUUUUCUAACAUUAAUGUCUUUGGUGUUUUCCUUUUCUUGACCUAGCAUUUGCGUAUGCAAAAAUGUUUGCAUUAUCAUGUAAGAAAAUGUACAUAUAUUUUAUUGCCUUGUUAACCCCUCGUUAAAGCUUUUAUCCUGAUAUAUAGCCACAAACUUUAUAUUUUCAUAUAAAAAUUUAGUUUUGUGUUUUUUGUGUUUAAUUCUCACAUUGAGUUGUAUGGUUACUGAAAAAUGUCCCCGAUUCAUUAAGCAGCUGGCUGACAUCACAUUCCAACACAUGCUGACACACUCACGUCAAUCAUAAACUAAGGCAGUGAUUGUGGUAUUUUAUUUUAUUUUUUCUUAUUUUAUUUGAAUCUAGUUAAAAUCAGUUUAUUUGUCCAGAAGUGCAAUAGAAUAGCUAUUGUAAGUCAAAGAAUAAUUUUCUCCCUUACAAAGCAGGUGGGUAUCACCAUCGCAUCCUCUUUUUGUAACCUGGAAUUAAUAACACAAAGCGAAAGAAAAAAUUGUUUUGUUUUUUGUUUUCUUUAAAGCUAUAUCGAAGCAUUCUAUUAUAGUGUUAUUUAAUAUGUAAAUUGUAUUGCUAUACAUAAAAUAAAAUAUGCGUUUUGAUGUA